GGGCGUCAGAACGGGAGGCGUCUGGAGCACUCGGCUCUGCUUUCGGGUCCUGAGCCAGGUUAACUACGCUGCGUUACGAGGUCGCAGUGGAGGGAGAGGAGGGAUGCCGCGGGCUGGCCUACGCGUCUGAAAAGCGGCGGCUGACUGCGCCCAUCCCGCUGCAGCUAUGGGCACAGCCCGGGCCCCGGACACCUCGGGUUCUCCCUCCCCGGAGGCGGUCCGCUCCCUACGGUCUGCUUCCCCAAGCCGCACAGGAGCGGCUGACGCCGCUCGCACCUCCCACAGUCUGCCGCCGGAGGCGCGAGCAAGAGCCAAUCAGAAGCUGCAGCGGGCGCAUGGACACGCCGGCUUCUCCUUCCUCCGGAAAGCGGAAGCGGAAGUGACGCGAGGGACAGGUGGGGGCAAUCAUGGUGCCGCUGGGGAGGGGAGAAGCUGCCGCUGCCGCCGUUGCCGGGAGCCGCGGAGAACCUGUGUGUUUUCGGGUGAAGGAAGACUCACCAUUCCAGACCAUGAAAGCUUCAAAUUUGAAAGGCCAUUACCUUUCCAUUUCUCACAAUUGGGCUGAGCACAACUGAACCAUGGGGGAACACAGUCCAGAGGACAAUAUCAUCUUCUUUAAGGGAGAGGAAGAUGACCUAACCCCGGAUGACAAGAUGCUCAGGUUUGUGGAUGACAACGGACUGGUGCCUUCCUCAUCUGGAACUGUCUAUGAUAGGACCACUGUUCUUAUAGAACAGGACCCUGGCACUUUGGAGGAUGAAGAUGAUGAUGGACAGUGUGGAGAACACUUGCCUUUUCUAGUGGAAGGUGAAGAGGGCUUCCUAAUAGAUCAGGAAGCAAUGUCCCAGGGUUAUGUACAACACAUUAUCUCACCCGAUCAGAUUCAUUUGACUAUAAACCCUGGUUCCACGCCCAUGCCAAGAAACAUCGAAGGUGCAACCCUUACUCUGCAGUCGGAAUGUCCAGAAACGAAACGGAAAGAAGUCAAGCGGUACCAGUGCACCUUUGAGGGGUGCCCCCGCACCUACAGCACAGCAGGCAACCUGCGUACCCACCAGAAGACUCACCGAGGAGAGUACACCUUCGUCUGUAAUCAGGAGGGCUGUGGCAAGGCCUUCCUCACCUCCUACAGCCUCAGGAUCCAUGUGCGAGUGCACACAAAGGAGAAGCCAUUUGAGUGUGAUGUGCAGGGCUGUGAGAAGGCGUUCAACACACUGUACAGGUUGAAAGCACAUCAGAGGCUUCACACAGGGAAAACGUUUAACUGUGAAUCUCAAGGCUGCAGCAAGUACUUCACCACACUCAGUGACCUGCGGAAGCACAUUCGAACCCAUACAGGAGAAAAGCCAUUUCGAUGUGAUCACGAUGGCUGUGGGAAAGCAUUUGCUGCAAGCCACCACCUUAAAACUCACGUCCGUACGCACACUGGUGAAAGACCCUUCUUCUGUCCCAGUAACGGCUGUGAGAAGACAUUUAGCACUCAGUACAGUCUCAAAAGUCACAUGAAAGGUCACGAUAACAAAGGAACCACAUACAGUGCACUUCCACAACACAAUGGAUCAGAGGAUACAAAUCACUCACUUUAUCUGAGUGAGUUGGGCCUUCUGUCCACAGAUUCUGAAUUGCAAGAAAAUUCCAGUACAACCCAGGACCAGGACCUCAGCACAAUUUCACCAGCAAUCAUCUUUGAAUCAAUGUUCCAGAGUUCAGAUGACUCUGUAAUUCAGGAUGACCCUCUGCAGACAGCUGCCUUGAUUGAUAGUUUUAAUGGUGACGCAGAGUCUAUCAGUGAUAUUCCACCACCUGCAGGAAAUUCAGCAUCUUUAUCCCUUCCACUUGUACUGCAGCCUGGCAUCUCUGAGUCACCCCAGCCUUUGCUACCAGCCUCAGCUCCGUCGGCUCCUCCACCUGCCCCUGCCCUAGGACCUGGUUCCCAGCCAGCUGCAUUUGGCAGCCCCCCUGCUCUCUUACAACCUCCAGAAGUGCCUGUUCCCCACAGCACACAGUUUGCUGCUAAUCAUCAAGAGUUUCUUCCGCCACCCCAGACCCUCGUACCAGGACUUUCUGUUGUUGCUGGGGCUCCUGCAUCAGCAGCGACGGCAGUGGCAUCAGCCGUGGCAGCACCAGCCCCACCACAAAGUACUACUGAGCCCCUACCUGCGAUGGUCCAGACUCUGCCCCUGGGUGCCAACUCCGUCCUAACUAAUAAUCCCACCAUAACCAUCACCCCAACUCCCAACACGGCAAUCCUGCAGUCCAGCCUGGUCAUGGGAGAGCAGAACUUACAGUGGAUACUGAAUGGUGCCACCAGCUCACCACAAAACCAAGAACAAAUUCAGCAAGCAUCGAAAGUCGAGCAGGUGUAUUUUACCACUGCAGUACCAGUAGCCAGUAGCACAGGGAGCUCUGUCCAGCAGAUUGGCCUCAGUGUUCCUGUGAUCAUCAUCAAACAAGAGGAGGCCUGUCAGUGUCAGUGUGCGUGCCGGGACUCUGCGAAGGAGCGGGCGGCCAGCCGGAAAAAGGGCUGUUCUUCCCCACCCCCUCCAGAGCUGAACCCCCAGCCUCCUGAUGGGCCCAACCUGCAGUUGCCACCCUAGACAUUUCCCUCACCCGCCCCCCUCCUCCUCCGCUGGACCCUCUUCCUGUGAGCAAAGCAGACAGGCUGAGGCUCCUCAGCCCCUCUGAAAUGUUAAGUGCCAUGGAUGUGUCAGAGUUCCUGUCCCUCCAGAGCCUGGACAUCCCAUCCAAUCCAGUUCACAGUGAAGCACUACUGCAGGGGUAAAAGAGAUGGGCCUGGCCAGCAGCUUCUCGAGGGAAGGGCCUGUGUGUGCCCCUACAGGAACAGGGUGAGCAGGAAUUGUCAGGUGUGAUGCUGCCUGCCAUCAUGGGGUCAGAAAUUGGAAGGAUGAAGAGAUCUGCCAUCACCUUUCAGACAUAUUUUCUUUACUCAUAUCCCAGGAACAUCCAUUUUAAGGAACUGAUCUUUGGAGGAAAACAAAAACAAGAAAAGAAAAAGAAAAAAAAAAGCUAAGUUAUAAGUGAACUGUCUGGCUGCACUGUAUGUCACUUUUGCUUAUUGUUAUGUGAACUUGGAAAUUAAGGUUACUGGUAUGCAUAAAAGUUCUAAAUGAAAGGGUGUGGUUUCCAUCAAUUUGGUACUGCCCAUCACUUGCACUGCGGUCACUGUGGAUUGGGCAGGAGAGUUCAGUGUGCUGGGUGUUGCCCCUCCUUCUGUGUCUUUUUUAAUCUGAGGCAAUACCUGUCUGGAGGGCCAGACCACUGCUCAGUGGAAGCGGGUAGUGGCAAGGACAGGUGAGAGUUGUGAGCUAGACAGGGUGAGAUUGUUUUGUUGGCGCUUUGUUUCUGUGGAGCUUGGAGUAGAUGCAGAGGGGGUCAGUCCCGUAUCCUGCUUAAUCCCUGCGGGCAGCUUCAGGCCCCUUGGCCAUAGUGAUUUGUGGUUCUGCAGGACCUGAGGCAAUUGUUGACAGCCCUGUUGAUAAUGUGCUAGAGCUGGCUCUAGCAAAGCCACAGUCUUUGCCUUCUUGGCUCUUUCCAUUUCUCAGCACUUGUCAGGGCUGGAAGCUUGGAGUGCAUUCCUCCUGAGGAAGCACCUGUUUUCUCCUAAAGUGAACACAAGGCUUAUGGCCAGUGGCUGUCAGUCUGCCUAUCUUUGAUGGUGUUUGUUUCCUCAGCAGAAGGGCUGCUUCUCCAGAGAGAGUACAGAUCUAAGGGAGUUGGAUGAAGUAGCAGGUGGUACCCAGUUCUAGCCAGGCUUUUGGUUAUUCCCUCCAAUCUCCAUCCUUCACAUCUCUGGAUUUUGCAUAUAGCCUUGUAUAGUGCAAACAAGGAUGUGAUUUCUAAACAAAAAGGAAAAAAAAAAAACUAAACGAUGAUCUUCUACUCAGGGUAAAAUAAGAAAAUUCCCCUUCCACCAAAAAGCCUGAAGCUUGCAGUCAGUUACCUCGUUUGGAAUGUUUCAUUAAGUUGUGUUAUAGGAUUUUUUUUUUAUUAGUGUAUUGAAUUAUAUUCAUCUGCCGGCCUUUGGCUCCAGGUUACUGCCUCUUCAGAUAUGAGUACAAUCCAUAGGAGAAUGGGAGUUGCUGUCCCUCGACAUUGGUGCUUGGGAAGCUCCUUGGCUAGCUGGGCCCAGGGUCUACUGCAAGGAGCAAGGUCCAGUGCCCAAACAAGACAACAAGAGAGGUGUGUGGGCUGCCCUCCUGCUGUCUGGGCCUUCCCUCAGAGCUAGCUAGGAUGGUAUCCUUUUAGAAGGCCCUGUCUAAAGGCAAGAGGGUCGUGGCAGCAGUAAUGGGGAAAAAUGGGUGAAGGUACAAGCAGCUAGUCUCCCAUUCCAGGAGUUGACCAGGAGUGCUAAUUUCUUAAUGACAUUCUAUGUACCCUCUCCCCAUUAGGUUUGGGCAACUGUAGGCCUCAGCAGAAAUCUGUAAAAUAGGAAGAACCCUUUGUUAGCACAGCGGUUAGGCCCCCUUGAGGAACCAGCUGCUUGGAUACAGGUUGUCUUUGGCUGUCUCUAGCACUUGCACCUACAGGAAGCUCUGCACUCAGGCCCUUGUUGUUUUCUUUUUAACCUCUGAGGAGAGCAGUGACUGGGACCCGAAGGUGACAACCUGGGAGCUGACAUAGGAAACAGGAGCCCUGGGAGGAUGUGUGGAAGGUUUUAAUGGUUUAUAUAUGGCUUCUUGGUUAGCUAGGGCUGUGCUCUUAAUAGUCCCCUCCUGGGUCACUGGCUUUUCACUCACCACAUUGAGGGAUAUGGAAGAAACUUGUAAGCAGCGUGGAGGCUGAUGAAUUUCCAGGUGAAGGAGUUAAGUAUUUAUUUUUGUGGGUGACUACAGAACACAAGAGACUUGCAGGUUGAAAUAGCUUUUGGAAGUGGAGGAAUGGGCUUAAAAUCAGUGGCUGUGCAGGGCCAGGUGUGUUCCACAGGGUAGACAGACUUCCUGUCAUGCUCUGCCAGCUCUCCUCUCAUCCUCCUCCCAGAAGCCCAGCUUCUAAUGCCAAGGACCUUCGAAAAGAGGGAGCCCCCUGGCUAAGCUAGAGCCAGAAAGACCCUUCAUGGAGAGAGUGGCUUCUCAGGGGAAUGAACUUAGGGUAAGGCUAAGAAUGAAUUCUGGCAGGUGGAUUUAAGCCCUUUCUUCCUCCCAUGGCAGCCUUCACCAUUGUCACCCUGUAGAUCAUACUUGGGGUACCACUGGCAUCUCCAGUUGAGCCCCUUCUAAGAGACUAGUCCACAACAGGAGUGGAGUGGAGCUGGUGGACUUAGGAGGUGGUCAGGUAACCUUGGUCCCACCAAACUGCCUUAUAAAUGGAGCCCUUCCCAGACUGGAAGGUGGCUCAGUCUCCUUGACAGGGUCUGGCCAACUUCAUGGGGCAGCACUGGUUUGGUGACUGGAGUGGUGUCAUUUAUUGACUCUUACUCCGGUUUAGAAGAUCAUGGUACAAUGCCAAGGAGGGGCCUUGAGAUGCGGGGACUUCUAGGUAGAAGGCAAGGGGUUUCCCUUCCAGAGAGUCAGUACAUGGGAAAAAGUAGUUUUCCCAGUCAAGGCAGUGGACUGGUGGGGUAAUGGAGGUUGAUGAGGUUUUCCUGAGGCUUUGUAUGAUGCUGAAUGUGUCCAGAGGGACAAAUUUGCAGAACCUCAUAUUGGUAUAUUAAAGAAAUAAUAAAAUAAAAGCACUUUAGGUUACUUUAUCUUUAACCCAAUUGCUGCAAUUUCUGUUGUGUAUGUAUAUAUAUACAUAUAUAUACUUUCCACAAAGUUUUAUUUUUUGCUCAGAAUAAAAAGUUGAGGUGUGAAAAGAAAAGCACUUACUUUGGUGCAAUAUAUGCGUAGCUUGACAGUCGUUAUCCCAUGUGGCCCUGGCCCGGCCUGUUUUUCCUGCUCAGUCAGCCCUGUGCUGAAGCUGUCCAUAGGGAAACACUAUCGUCCAUCUAUCUCAGCAGCUGUUCAGUCUAUGCAAGCCUUCCCCGUGUGCCUGGGCGCCCCCUCAGGCCCUCCGAGGAACUGCUGCAGCUGUUUUCUUCUGACUGUUGAGCCCCUUUCUUCUACCACUUCUUGGUCCCUUACUAUCUUUCUGCUCUUCACCAUGACAAAAUGACCUGGGAGGGAUAGACAGGUUGUUCCUAGGUAAAAAGCUGGCACCUUCUAGACUUUCAUAUUUGUAAUCACAUCCACUGAAGGUAAAACAGCUUCUCCGGUGUCAAAGUAUUGAUUUGUGGAACUGCACCACUAUUGCUUAUUUACAGCUUUUUUUUUUAUACCCCCAAUCAGAAAUAUGUUGGAAGAAAGGAAUGGGCAAUACAAGCCAUUUCUGUACUGCUCUCUGCACCACCUGUGUUGGUUCAAAGCGGACUGCCAGGCUUCAUCAAAUCCAGUAAUAAAGCCACUAAUAAUCUCCCUUACAGGCUCCCACCUAAUCUUAAAUGCCCAGCUGAAGACCAGAGGCAUUUUAAAUACACUUUAGCCAGAGCAAGAUUUCCACAGAUGCAGUUUGCAAGCGGUUCUGCUAAGAAACAGAUAGGAAACUGUCCAUCUCUAUUUGAGGUAGAAGAGGUUCAGCCACAAAACCAGAUGAUACAUAUUUCUGAUUGGUCAAGCUGGCCUGUUCCUGGCAUAUUCUUGGGGCAGAGAUAAAAGGGUCUUGUUUCUUAUGCCCCUGCCGUUGGGGGCGAGGGGUGGUCGAUCAUUAGCCUGGGCAUUUCUCACUGUUACUUAUGGUGGCAAGAGGGCUUCGCAGUCUGCACUGAAAAUACAAUUUAUUGGAUCUGUCAAGGCAUAUUGUAGUACAAGCUUUUUCUAGAAGUGGGUUUAAAAACCAUGCACUGCUCCUUUGGUGGUGGCCUACUGGGCCAAAAAAGAAGUGCUAAUGUCACAUCACUUUCUCAACUCAAUGCAGUUUCUACUUUUUUUACAGGAAAUUUUUUCGUAAAACUUUUCUUCCACCAAAACCUAGGGUGUUUUUGCAAUAUCCUCAUUGCCCUUGUGGUGCCAAGUCAGAGGCUCAUCUGCCCUGGCCUCGUGUGUUCUCAGGCCUCCCAAGAGCUGUUUGAUUCAACAGUCUUCAUCUUUUGUUGUAAUUUGGGGAAAAUGUCAUUGAGGUUGGAGUCCCAGGCAACUGUUCCCUAGUUCCAGUUUGGGGAAGGUAGCUGGAAACAGGCUUUUCUGGCUAUCUGGUUCAGACCGGUCCAGAAGAAGCCACAAAUUCUCUUUUCUAACACACACUAAUCAUUGGCCAGUGGUCUUGGUGACAAGUUUUUAAGACCCAAAUAGUUUUAUUUGGAUUAUGUAAAAGUAUCAAAUUUAUUUUAAAUGUAAAACAUGGGAACAAUGGACUUCCACUGAGCGAUAUGAAAACGUUACAGGUUCAGUACUUCCAAAGGAAGAAACUUCCAAACCCAAAAAAGAAUAAAUACGAAUUUGUAUUUUUGAAGAAUGUGAAAUAAUGGUGUUUGCUUAAUUGCUCAUUUUGUAUAAACUUAAUAUUGUACUUUAAAAUAUCUGCUAUGAAGUGAAAAUUUAACUUUUUGGAAUUGAAAAAGCAAUAUUAAAUACUAAUGAAAUCUUAAUUAAAUGCUUAUUUAAAUCUGGUAGUACAUGUGGCAUUACUUCCUGUCCCUGGUUGACAUUCUCUCCCCACUCCCCACUGCCCAGUCAUCAAGUCUUGGAGGGGGGACAGAAAGGAAAGAUCGGUCAUCAGGAGUCUGCAGGUUUCCUUUUAAUCAAGACUCUGCUUAAGUGUUUUGUGGGGCAGAGAGCCCCCAAAGCAUGAAAUGAACAUGUAAUACCACCUGGAACCCCCAAAGCAGGCCAGACCACUCUGGCCAGCACUGCUGGCCUGCCGGAAUCCGAGUCCUCAAGACUGGAUAUUCGUUGGCUACAUUUCAAAACAGUACUGCCUUCAGCCAGGACAACGUGGGAGUGGACCCAGCUGCCAGUAGAGAUGCCAUCCCAGGCUGAGGGCCAAGUACCAGCAACUGCCACUGAAGACUGGCCCCUUUAGUGAAGGGAGUUGGUCAGAGUCCAGCCACCGGCCCUAGAAAGGGACAGAAGUCAGGGUGCCCGGAUAGGAAAUGGUCAAGGCUCCGCAGCUCCAUCGCCAGCAUCCUUUGGAAGGCCACCUCUGGCGGAUACAGCUGGCUGGGGCGGCGCUCCGGACUUGGCUGAACCGGUCCCAACUGACACGCUGUAGGGUCUGGCCCGCUCGGCGAGCUGCUCGGCGGCUCUGGACUGCGUGUAUCGCCUCAAGGGCCGCAGCGAGGCCAAGUCGCUGGCCGUGUGCCUGGGCCGCGUGGCCGACGUCUACAGGUACUGUGAGGUGAGAGUACCCAAGGAGCUCCUGGAGGACCUGUUGCCAGGACCAGUGACCCUGGUGAUGCAGCGCUCCGAGGAGCUCAACAAAGACCUGAACCCCUUUACGCCUCUUGUUGGCAUCCGGAUUCCUAACCACGCCUUCAUGCAGGACUUGGCCCAAAUGUUUGGGGGACCACUUGCACUGACCAGUGCCAACCUCAGCUCCCAGACCAGUUCUUUGAGUGUUGAGGAGUUUCAAGACCUCUGGCCUCAUUUGUCCCUGGUCAUUGAUGGUGGACCGAUUGGGGAUAGUCAGAGCCCUGAGUGCCGCCUCGGCUCUACUGUGGUUGACUUAUCUGUGCCUGGAAAGUUUACCAUUAUUCGCCCAGGCUGUGCCCUGGAAAACACUACAGCCAUCCUCCAACAGAAAUACGGGCUGCUCCCUUCCCAGAGGUCAUGUUCAUGAAACUUGGGAAGACCCAAGGACCAUGCUGGAUACUAUGUGUCUGCUCACUGGUUGGCAAGGCCUCAUUGGCAGAGGCUCCUGGAGCUACACCUGUAGCCUGGCUUUUUAGGGAAUCUCUCUCUCUCUCUCUCUGAACACUGUAGGCCAGAAGCUACAGGUUGAGCCUUGUAGAUUCACAUCUCAACCAAAAAUUGAACAAAGGUAAGAACAUUCUUAGAGCAACCUAUUAUUUUAAGGCCUGCCUUUUAAGUUAAAAGUAAAUUGAGUAAAGUUAGAAUGGAUUAAGAGCUUGUUUCGGUGGACAGUGGCUCUUCAUGUCAAGCCUGCUAGAAGCACUAGUGCAGUCUAAGAGUCUCAGGACCAAUGCAGGAAAGUCCAGAAGCCCAACACAGAUCUUUCCUGGCUAUCAGAGUUCAUUUUAGGGAAAUUAUCCUAGGGGGUCCCAAGUGAAAUAAAACUGGAAAAUAAAAUCUUGACUGUUUUCAACCAGUGACUUCCUUAUUUAUUAGUAAAAUAAAUUAUAUGGUUCUGUGUGUAAUUUGUUUAGCUUCCUUGUUUACUCAGAAGCCUUUGUUCAAACGUGUGUCAAAUAUUGUACAGAAUUAUUUGAGUAUUUAAGCUAUAUUUUUAUUAUUAAAAAAUGCUGCUACAAACA